AAAAUAGAACUAUAAUUGUGAUUAAACACGCCUCAAAGCCCGUAAGCCUGCACCGUUUGUAUCCCUACACGCGGGAUCGAACCCGGUGCACACCUCCUUUCUUUGAGUAUGGAGUGCCCCUACGCUAACCUGAAAAAAAAAAGAGCACACAAACCCAUAAGCAACACAACGGAUUGACGAAGUUGCCAGCAGCACCAGUCCCAAACAUCUCAGCAAGAAGCCUCGCAUCAGACCGUAACAACCCGAGAAAGAAAAUGGCUGCGAGUGGGAUAGCAAGAGCGGCGCCCUUGUAGCUCCUGGCCGCGGCCGUGGUCUCGCUGCUGGUCGCGGCAGCGUCCGCGCAGUCCGGCGGCGGCGGCAGCGAUUGCACGUCGGCGCUGGUGAGCCUGUCCCCGUGCAUGGACUACAUCAGCGGCAACGAGGCGUCGACGCCGAGCAGCUCCUGCUGCUCGCAGCUCAGGACCGUGGUGCAGUCCAAGCCGCAGUGCCUCUGCGCCGCGAUCGGCGGCGACGCGUCGUCCUCCCUCGGCGGCGUCACCAUCGACCGGACCCGCGCUCUCGGCCUCCCCGCCGCGUGCAACGUCCAGACCCCGCCUGCUCCAUCGAUGGAGUUUCAAGGCAUCGGUGCGCGUUGAUUGGUACGCUUUUUCUCACGUUGCUGAAAGGAACUUUUCGUAGAUUGGAUGCAGGGUCAGGCGGUGGAUCGAAGGCCACGCCGAUGACGCCUUACCUUGCAUCGGGCGGCGCGUCGCUCCGGGGGCCGGCAGGUUUGGUGCUCGGGCUUGCGGUAGCUGCGGUUUUUGACGCCGUGCCGGCUCCGUGAGCGUUGUGAUUCAGGAUGUGUAGGGUCGUGUGAGCUUUCAGUUGAGCAUCAGCUAGCAAGCAGAAUUUUGAGCGUCGUGUGCCUCUCCGUGGCUUCUCCCAUUUUGUGUUGGGGAUGCUAUUGCUCUCCCAUUUGUACCAUUGGUUGUUUCCUACAGUCGCAAUAAA